CCCUUUGUGUCUGGUCUGCUUGGAACCGCUGGAGGUGCUUCCCGGAGGGGCUCGGGGUGUUUCGCAAGCUCAGCUGCCCACCCCCUUCCUCGGCCACCUACGUCCGUCUUCCCGCCGCCCCCCGCCCUCGGCCCGCGACGCCCGAGCUCCGCCCGGAGCCCAGAGCUGCGGAGAACGAGGCGGCGGCGGCGGCGGCGGCUUUCUCCAGAGGGGCUGUGAUUCGCUCCCGCAAGCCAUCGACGGGAGGAGACCCGGUUUUCAUGGUGGAAUUUACUUCAGGCAAGAGCGAGGGGCUGGAGUAGCCGAGAGCGAGGCCGCGGGCGGAGCGCCCUCGAAGGGCCAGCCCCGCACCUCCCCGCGUGUCGCUCGCCCGGGCUCGCCGCGUCGCCGCGACCCUCCCCUCCCCCGCGCCCCGAGGCCCGGCCUGAGCGACCCUCGCGCGAUUGUUCCGAGGAAGCUGUGGACUCGCCCAUGGAAGCAGGCACCUUUUUCGACCCAGUCGGUGGGAAGGAUUUGUUGAUGUCGAAAUCCGAGUGAAGGAAGCAACGAAGCGAAACUUUAAAAGGAACCCCACUGUCCUCGGAGUACGGAGCGAUGCUACUCCGGCGGCCGGGCGCCGCUGCCUGCCCCGCUUCGCCCUUCCCGGCGGUCGGGAACUUGUUCUGAUCCUCAGUGCUCCCAUCGAGUCCCCGCCCUCCCCCCCCCCCCCCCCCCGGCACUCUGGAUAUGUUUUCUCCCAGAUCUGGGUAUUUUUUUGAUAUCGUGAAACUACGAGGGAAAUAAUUGCAGGGGUUUCUUCUGGGCUCCCUGCGUCUUCCCCAUGGACAUGCCUUCAAUUUGGGGAGCCGAGACACCCCGUCCUAGGCGAAUGAAGCCCCCCAGCCACGAGGGAGCGAAAUGAAGGGAAAUUCUGCAGUGGAAUGAGAGCUCUACUAGCUAGGUCCUCGCAUCUGCCAUUUGUCCUUUCAAACUGCAUUGUAAUCCGGGCAGGAUAAAUCAGACGAAGAGCAGCCUCCUAGCCGGAUUUCUCCGCCCGAAUUUACUUUCCAGAUUUCUUUUCUUUGCCCUCCUGCUUCUUUGCUGGCCCAGGGAUGACUUCCUCGCUGCAUCGGCCCUUUCGGGUGCCCUGGCUGCUAUGGGCCGUCCUGCUGGUCAGCACUACGGCUGCUUCUCAGAAUCAAGAACGGCUGUGUGCAUUUAAAGAUCCAUAUCAACAAGAUCUUGGGAUAGGUGAGAGUCGAAUCUCUCAUGAAAAUGGGACAAUAUUAUGUUCCAAAGGGAGCACGUGUUAUGGUCUGUGGGAGAAAUCAAAAGGGGACAUCAAUCUUGUGAAACAAGGAUGUUGGUCUCACAUCGGUGAUCCCCAAGAGUGCCACUAUGAAGAGUGUGUAGUAACUACCACCCCACCCUCAAUUCAGAAUGGAACGUACCGCUUUUGCUGCUGUAGUACAGAUUUAUGUAAUGUCAACUUUACUGAGAACUUUCCACCCCCUGACACAACACCACUCAGUCCACCUCAUUCAUUUAAUCGAGAUGAAACGAUAAUCAUUGCUUUGGCAUCAGUUUCUGUGUUAGCUGUUUUGAUAGUCGCCUUAUGUUUUGGAUACAGAAUGUUGACAGGAGACCGGAAACAGGGUCUUCACAGCAUGAACAUGAUGGAGGCGGCAGCAGCAGAGCCCUCCCUUGACCUGGAUAACCUGAAGCUGCUGGAGCUGAUUGGACGGGGUCGAUACGGAGCAGUAUAUAAAGGUUCCUUGGAUGAGCGUCCAGUUGCUGUAAAAGUAUUUUCUUUUGCAAACCGUCAGAAUUUUAUAAAUGAAAAAAACAUUUACAGAGUGCCUUUGAUGGAACAUGACAACAUUGCUCGCUUCAUAGUUGGAGACGAGAGGCUCACUGCAGACGGCCGCAUGGAGUAUUUGCUUGUGAUGGAGUAUUAUCCCAAUGGAUCUCUGUGCAAAUAUCUGAGUCUCCACACAAGUGAUUGGGUAAGCUCUUGCCGUCUGGCUCAUUCUGUGACUAGAGGACUGGCUUAUCUUCACACAGAAUUACCACGAGGAGAUCAUUAUAAACCCGCAAUCUCCCACCGAGAUUUAAACAGCAGGAAUGUCCUGGUAAAGAAUGACGGCGCGUGUGUUAUCAGUGACUUUGGUUUAUCCAUGAGGCUAACUGGAAAUCGGCUGGUGCGCCCAGGGGAAGAAGAUAAUGCGGCUAUAAGUGAGGUUGGCACAAUUCGCUAUAUGGCACCAGAAGUGCUAGAAGGAGCUGUGAACCUGAGGGACUGUGAGUCAGCUCUGAAGCAAGUGGACAUGUAUGCGCUUGGACUCAUCUACUGGGAGGUGUUUAUGAGGUGUACAGACCUCUUCCCAGGUGAAUCUGUACCAGAUUACCAGAUGGCUUUUCAGACAGAAGUUGGAAACCAUCCCACAUUUGAGGAUAUGCAGGUUCUUGUGUCCAGAGAGAAGCAGAGACCCAAGUUCCCAGAAGCCUGGAAAGAAAAUAGCCUGGCAGUGAGGUCACUCAAGGAAACAAUUGAAGACUGCUGGGACCAGGAUGCAGAGGCUCGGCUCACUGCACAGUGUGCUGAGGAGAGGAUGGCUGAACUCAUGAUGAUAUGGGAGAGAAACAAGUCUGUGAGCCCAACGGUCAACCCAAUGUCAACUGCUAUGCAGAAUGAACGCAACCUGUCACAUAAUAGGCGUGUGCCAAAAAUCGGGCCUUACCCAGAUUAUUCCUCUUCCUCAUAUAUUGAAGACUCUAUCCAUCAUACUGACAGCAUUGUGAAGAAUAUUUCCUCUGAGCAUUCGAUGUCCAGCACACCAUUGACAAUAGGAGAAAAGAAUCGAAAUUCAAUUAAUUAUGAACGACAGCAAGCACAAGCUCGAAUCCCUAGCCCAGAAACAAGCGUCACAAGCCUGUCCACAAACACAACCACCACAAACACCACCGGCCUCACUCCAAGUACUGGCAUGACCACUAUAUCUGAGAUGCCAUACCCAGAUGAGACACAUUUGCACGCCACAAAUGUUGCACAGUCAAUCGGGCCAACCCCUGUCUGCUUACAGCUGACAGAAGAAGACUUGGAGACUAAUAAGCUAGAUCCAAAAGAAGUUGAUAAGAACCUCAAGGAAAGCUCUGAUGAGAAUCUCAUGGAGCAUUCUCUGAAGCAGUUCAGUGGGCCAGACCCAUUGAGCAGUACCAGUUCUAGCUUGCUUUAUCCACUCAUAAAGCUCGCAGUGGAAGUGACUGGACAACAGGACUUCACACAGGCUGCAAAUGGGCAAGCAUGUUUAAUUCCUGAUGUUCCACCUGCUCAGAUCUAUCCUCUCCCUAAGCAACAGAACCUUCCUAAGAGACCUACUAGUUUGCCUUUGAACACCAAAAAUUCAACAAAAGAACCCCGGCUAAAAUUUGGCAACAAGCACAAAUCAAACUUGAAACAAGUAGAAACUGGAGUUGCCAAGAUGAAUACAAUCAAUGCAGCAGAGCCUCAUGUGGUGACAGUAACUAUGAAUGGUGUGGCAGGUAGAAGCCACAAUGUUAAUUCCCAUGCUGCCACAACCCAGUAUGCCAAUGGCGCAGUGCCAGCUGGCCAGGCAGCCAACAUAGUGGCACAUAGGUCCCAAGAAAUGCUGCAGAAUCAAUUUAUUGGUGAGGAUACCAGGCUGAAUAUCAAUUCCAGUCCUGAUGAGCAUGAACCUUUACUGAGACGAGAGCAACAGGCUGGCCAUGAUGAAGGGGUUCUGGAUCGUUUGGUAGAUAGGAGGGAACGGCCAUUAGAAGGUGGCCGAACAAAUUCCAAUAACAACAACAGCAAUCCAUGUUCAGAACAAGAUAUCCUUACACAAGGUGUUACAAGCACAGCUGCAGAUCCUGGGCCAUCAAAGCCCAGAAGAGCACAGAGGCCCAAUUCUCUGGAUCUUUCAGCCACAAAUAUCCUGGAUGGCAGCAGUAUACAGAGUGAGUCAACACAAGAUGGCAAAUCAGGAUCAGGUGAAAAGAUCAAGAGACGUGUGAAAACUCCAUACUCUCUUAAGCGGUGGCGCCCGUCCACCUGGGUCAUCUCCACCGAGCCGCUGGACUGUGAGGUCAACAACAAUGGCAGUGACAGGGCAGUCCAUUCUAAAUCUAGCACUGCUGUGUACCUUGCAGAGGGAGGCACUGCCACGACCACAGUGUCUAAAGAUAUAGGAAUGAAUUGUCUGUGAGAUGUUUUCAAGCUUAUGGAGUGAAAUUAUUUUUUUGCAUCAUUUAAACAUGCAGAAGACAUUUAAAAAAAAAACUGCUUUAACCUCCUGUCAGCACCCCUUCCCACCCCUGCAGCAAGGACUUGCUUUAAAUAGAUUUCAGCUAUGCAGAAAAUUUUAGCUUAUGCUUCCAUAAUUUUUAAUUUUGUUUUUUAAGUUUUGCACUUUUGUUUAGUCUUGCUAAAGUUAUAUUUGUCUGUUAUGACCACAUUAUAUGUGUGCUUAUCAAAAGUGGUCUCAAAAUAUUUUUUUAAGAAAAAAGCAAAAACAAUGGAUUGCUGAUAAUCAGUUUGGACCAUUUUCUAAAGGUCAUUAAAACAGAAGCAAAUUCAGACAGGUUUGACUGCAAUGGUGUCUGGUAUCCAUGUUUUAUUUCUGGGCACAAGCUAGUUAUGUGUUAACGUGUUUUGACCAUAAUCUGUUGGACAUUCUUUUCUCGUGUAUUUUAUUUGAAUGUGCAAUAGUCUAUAGACCACAAAGAAGCUUGCUUACCUGCUCUCUCCUAACAGGGCACACAUUCUUCCAUUGUUGAAACAUUUUUCCUCAUUCUUUGAUAAUAUGAACAUUGUCUAGCUUUCUCCUCAUGGAGAUACAUAGACGCUGUCCAAAGGGCUCCACAAAGGACUUAUCAAAACCUUUUUUGAAAUGCCUUUGUCUUCUAACCUUCCAAAUGCUACUAUUGUUUCCUUCCAGGCAUUUUAAUAAGCAUAUCUGGUUCUGAUUUUGGAAGUUCAUAAGAGAGCAUAGAACAAAACAGAAGAAAGCAAAUAUUAGCCUUUUCCAUUUUAUUUUUCUAUGUAUAUGUCACGUCUGUAUUCAUUAUUUAAGAAAUAUUUUUUAUUAGAAAAUGUAUAGAGCUGAACCUACAUGGAAUUUUUAAGUAAGUAGCUGGGCAAGGUGACUAGUAUAGUAACUUUCAUUCUCUGACCAUCACAAAUUAAAUUACAUUUUCUAUUUAUAAUAACUUCAGAAGUAAGUGAUAGUUGAUUUGAAUCUUUAAUACGUAUGGUUCGUUAUUUCCCAGCACAGCCUGACAGUUCUGUGUGAAAAGAACGAUCCCUCCCCCCGUGACCUAAAAUACUAUGGAAAGCUCAUCCUCCCAGCAUGCCGAUUCCUGUGGAAUAAAGGCUUGCUGCAAACUUGCCACCAGUGCGCAGACCAGGAUUGACCCUCUGUCUUUCCUAAGUUUAUUUCUUCACUAAUCCUGGCUUUGUAGUGUCCCCUUCUGCCAGUUUCAUGUGUUCUUUGACUGCGAGCAGCAUUCACUGUGUGUGUUGUAGUAGAGCAUACUUCUGGUGAUGAUGCACCGUGACGUUGCUGUCACGUAGCUUCUGGUGCUGCUGUACCUUGAUGUUGCUGUCAUGCGGCUUUUGCUUCUUUUGAAACUAAUGAUCUCUGAAACAACAGUCUCUGUGUCUUUUAAUAAAGACUUUCUAUCAAAAAUUGAGGAGUUUUCCCUCAACAUUGCUUCUUAUCAGUUUGCAGACAAAUUGUUACCAUGUGUUUUCAGAUUCUCAGAAUCCUUAAUAUCCGUUAUCUGAUUACGUUUUCAAAUUUAGCAGGAAGAUAAAAAGUUAAGUGCAAAUCUCCAAAUUCCUGAUUUUGGUUCUUCUGUCUUGAACACCGUUUCCUUGUCUAUAAUCCUCUCUCCUUCUGUUUAACUCAUACACGAGCUUCCUUCACUUACCGUCUGCUGUGCUCUGACGUCACAGCAUUUACCGUUUGGUCAGCUGGGAUGCUGACUGGAGCUCAGUUCUUAGGAUUAAGUUUAUCUCACUUGUGCCCAGGAUCCCUUUCUCACCUUUGGGUUUCAUUGGCCCUCUUAUGGUUCAGAGUCUUAAUAUAUAUUUUUGUCUUCUAACAUUCAGUUUUUUUUCUUUCUAAUUAGUUACUGUCCUUUGUAUAUUUAACAAAUAAUUUGUAUCUUUCACUUAUUUCUUUUGUCCAAAUGGCUUUCAAAUGCAUUUUAGAAUUUUAAUUUUCAGUUGUAGGACAACUUUAAAAUAAGUUAUAUUCCUCCCAUCUCCCAAUUUGAAAUAUUAAGAGUAAAUGAAUCUUUGAGGUCCAAAAGAUCUUUUCCUGUCAGAAAAAUUGUCCUACAUUCUGAUACAGUUUGUAUUAGGACCAGUCAAUUGUGAAUUUUCCAAGUCUUUUAAUGUUUAUUAACAGAAUGCUUUAAAAAUGAAUAUGCCAGAUAAAAGAAAUCUGUAGUUUCCCAUCUCAUUAAAAUAUAUAUAAAACAAAUAAUUCCUCGAACUGCUUGAAGAGUAGGAAAGGUAGUAAGUAUAGGUCAUUUUAACAAAUUUUGAAGUCUAUAAUACACAGCAUGCAGAAAUCCCUUUAAUAACUUAAAUUACUAGUUAGAUUUAUUUAAUCUGAUUCUUGAAGCUAAAAUGGAAUUUACCACAAAAUUUCACACGCACAAAUUAAUUUUAGGCUUUUUGAAUAAAAGCCAUUCAAUUUAAAAAGAUUUCUCUGGACAAUAAUAUAAUCUUAAAAAUAUCAUAAUAGGACAUCAGAGUAUGAUGUUUAUUGUGGGGCUGGAGAGAUGGCAUAACAAUAACAGUGCUUCCUGUCCUCACGAGAACCCAAGUUCAGUUCCCAGCAGCUACAUGGCAGCUCACAACUUCCAUAGGAUCCAGUGACAUGCAUGUAACACCCCACCCCCAACACACACACACACAUAACUAUAAAUGACAGAGGAGAUCUUAAAGUACUAGUUAUAUACCAGAGCUCAGUAAUGGAAAGAAUGUGGUUUGAAUUAUGUAUGGAAUAAAAUUAUUUAAAUAAAAAUCCUAAAUAAUUUAAAUGUAUAAUUUAAAAAACAUGGCUACUAUACAAGUUUGUGAAGACCUCUGCUGAAAACUGGCAUUACAUACACUUAUUUUUUCAUCCUCAGAGCAACCAUAUUGUAAUAUUCAUAUUUUGCAAAUGAGGGAAUAAAAAUUAAUAGGAAAUUUGUCUUAAGUUUCAUACCCAGCCACACCUGGGAGUUCACUCUAGGUCUGUAUCUCCAAAUGUCUUUUAUGCACAACACACGGUCCACUUUCUUUAUGAACUGAUGUGCAGUGUACUGACAUGUACUCUAGCAGACCUGGGUUUGAGUGUAAGCCAAACCAGGUACCUAAUGAUCUUAAGUUAGGUAAAUAAAGGUCCAUAAUCACAAACAAUUCCUAACUCAAUACAGAAUUCAGCCUACAUCGUUUUACCUGCCUCCUUCUAUUCUUACAUUGCAGAACGAAGGCUAAGUAAGUGUUAAAAGACACGUGAAGGGAGCUGAGGGAGCAGGGCUCCUUAGUGUGAUCCCAUCCAUCCCUCUCUUGGGAAAAAGAGUUGCAUGCAAGCUUACAGUCUUCUUAAUCCUUUGACUCCAUCUUUAAAAUUUCAGCUUUACCAAUGUCAAAAAAAUUGUUAAUCCAGAGAACUAAAUAAUCUGUAGAAAGAAUACAAGGCUAAUACUCUUUUUAUAAAGCAGGCUGGUAUUGCUUCCAUAUGUGUGUAUGCUUGUUCCAGAACCUGUUUGUUGGUUCUGAAUGAGAACGUACGGAGCACUCAAAUCAGUGGGAAUUACAAUUUUUCUUUUUUGAAAAAAGACACUUUUUAAAAAAUUUUAUUUAUUUAAUGUAUGAGUGCUCUGCUGCAUAUACAUCUGCCUGCCUGAAGAAGGCAUCAUAUCCCCCUAUAGAUGGUUGUGAGCCACCAUGUGGUUGAUGGGAAGAGCAGCCUGUGUUCUUAAUCUCUGAGCCAUCUCACCAGCCCGGAAUUACAAAUUUUAUUUAAAAUAUUUCCAAGUUUGGUUUCUGAAUCUCAGAGGAACACCUGUUAUGGUAUCACACUGCACUUUUACUCUGUUAGUCAUUUAAAAUAGGAAAAAGAAAAUAAACAUCAGCUUCCUCUUAAUCAUAAUCAUGUUCAUGGACAUAAAUAUUUCAUUGCAAGUCACUCACUUCUAGAAUUUGAUGUUACGUCAUAUCACAUUUUAUAAACCUAUGUUAAGCUUAUGUAUAUGUUAUUACAUGACUAUCCAGAUUUUUGAAAAUAUAUAAUUACAUUAUUUCCUUAACUCCUUAAAAUAUUCUGCACACAUUCUAAUUCUACUGUUCUAGAUCAGUCAGUCAUUCUAGGAAGUGUGUAACACCCCUCAUAGGCCCUAGUAGUCUCUCUUAGUCUAUAAUGUUAAUAGUCACACCCUUACCUAGCAGUGGGUUGUGUGCAUUGUGGGUUUUUUUUUUUUUUCAGAUUAUGAGCUAUGCAAACUUCAUCCAAAAACUACCUUACAUGAUCCCUUCCUAACUGUGCUCAUUGAUUAUAUCAGUCUAGCCGGUUACUUUCUGAGCUACUGAACAAAGGCUAUUAUCAAAAAAGGCUUUUCUGUAAGUGUCCACAUUAACCCAGAGGAAAUCUCCAAGUGCCCAAAGAGGUGGUAACACCUACCUGUUCCUCUCUUUAAGUUUCUCAUGGUUUAUAGAGCCUGUCCCUUUACUAUCUGGCCUGCAGUCAUAUGCCAGGAAAGUUUUCUCCAUGCCUAUUCUGUCUCUCUUGUUUGAUCUAAGGUCUGUUUCUCAUACCUAGUAGGGAGAAGAGAUGGUCAUCCUAUCUAGCACUCUUCAGUCAGCUUCAGGCUUCUCAACACCAGAUCACCAGAUCAAAGUGUUCCACUUCCUUCAGGUUUUUUUCUUCCUAAAUCUAUUUUAAUUACUUUAUUUAUAUUUAAAGCACUAAAAUUCUAUGUUAUAUUCAAAUUAAUUACUCCAGUUAAUUUAUAGCAUAGUAGUUUGAUAGAAUUGAGAAUAAAGAUGUUACCAUUGAAUUUAAUCACCAGACCACCUGAAAAUCAGCACCUAAUUUUUGUAUUAUCUAACAUUCUUCUAUUAAAGUAUGUUUUAUGAUUUUUAUAUCUAUACAGAUAUAACUAAAAAGCCAUGCAUACAUAAUUGUCUAUUUUUUUUCCACUAAACUCUGACCUAUGUUACAGUGUAGUAUUAGUAUUAUAUGUUUGGGUAUUAUGAUUGAGCCACAACAAAUAUUAUACAUUUUUCUUUAUCAAAUACUAUAUUAAACACUAAAUGCAAAACUAAUUUUCAAAAGCAGACCCUACAAAAAUCAGGUAUUCAUGGAUGUUUUUGUAUUUUUGUAGACCACUUUUGAAAUGCUUAUCAUUGUUUUUGCAGAAUAGACUGGACUAAAACAGUUUUCAUUUUACCUUUUCAGUGAUUAAAGCUAGGUAUUUGCAUAGAACGGAAAUCCUUAAAAUUUUAUCCCAUGGCAUAUGAAUUUUGAGAAGCUAUACUUUAUGUUAAGAUUAUGCCCCGAAUAAAUCUAUUAAGUCUUUUUAAAUUUUUCGAUGUUGUUUUUACUGAUGUCUGUGGUGUUUCUAGUGAGCAUUGCAAACACACACAUUUACUUGUAAAAUGGAGUUUGCAGCCCACAUUAAAAUCUGGAGCAGAAUCUUAGAACUAUAUUACUUCAUUCAGAAUGUCUAGUUUGUAACUGAAUUUAAAAAGAAAAUUGACUGUACUUGAAUUUACCACUUGACUAUUCUUUGUUUUUAAAAUGCUUUUCCCCCAUUUAAUUUGUAUUUUAAAUUCUAGAAACAUCUUCAUGGUUUGGAAUCACUUUUAGACAUAGUAUUACUUAAAAACUCAGGGCCCCUUUCAUCUGUUUGUACACUGAAAGAGUUCAGUUGCUAACAAACAAGCAAUUAGAUCUAGUUGAAUACUUAAAGUAUUUGUUGCAUAGUAAUGUUUCAUCAUAUUAUUUGACUUAAUUCACAUCAACAUGAUGUUUGAUUUCAUUAAUCAUAAAACUUGCCCAGUUCUGUAAUUACUGAAUAGAAGGAAUGACUCAACUAAUUGGCCACUUGUUACAGCAGAUUUAAGCCUUGGAGUUGAAGCACUGGCUUACACACUUUCUGUUCUUGGUUCUGUGGAUAUACAUGAUGGGGCAAAUAUUUCAUUCUGUUUGUUUUUAAUAACAAGAUUAGGAAAGGUAAUUCUGAGAUAGAAUUUUCUUAUGGGGUAAUUAGCAUUAUAAGACUUUAUAAAAGUGAGCUGAUGGCUCUAGCUUUGGUGACAGCUUUGAUGGCUUUGAGAAGGUGAGCUAUGGUGACCAGCUUUUCACAUUGUCAGAGCCAAACAGUUGUUCUUUGAGUCAACAAACUCAAGUUCUAAUUGGUCUGCUGUAUAUUUAAAUCUUAGCAGUGAGUUUUUUGUAACCAGUCUCUUGUCUCAGGCUCUCUGCCUUGUUAUCAGUCUUAAGCAUAUAAAAGAAACAUUUGUAAAGAUGUAUAAGAGUAAGAAAACUAAUGACUAAAAAAUGCAAUUCAAAGCAAUUAAGUUUCAAUUUAAUAUUGAGUUGCUUCACUUCUGUGGCUUUUUUUUCCCUGGUAACAUAUAUUUAUUUAAGCAAUGUUGUAUGCCUUGUCUUCAUUUCUAUAGAGAUUGUAUUGUAUGUGUUUGUGUAAGCUGGAAUCAUCCUUAAUUUUCUGUUGCUAAUUUUUCAAAUGAAUUUACAUGAAUAACUGUAAAAUACACUAACUCUUAGGGUGUUAUAGCUGAAACACGGAGAUGUGUAGCUGCCAUGCUUUUUCUGAAUGGACAGGAGAAACAUAAGCUACCAAGUAUUCAUUUCUGAGGGUGCUUUGUAGGGAAAGAAAGGCUGGCACUUCCUCAGAACCCUCUGUCUUGUUAACGGGUAUCUUUUGUUGGUGUGUUUUGCUCUUACAUUACAGAUAGAAUAUCGUGUGUGAGCUGAUGAAUAAUUACUUUCAGUUAUUUUGCUUUUGUAUAAGCCAUCUGAGACCUUGCUAUGCUGUAUAAGUUGUGUGACGGAGCAGUGUGAGUAUGAAAUAAAGCAGAUCACUUUCCUUUUGUAUUAUCUAUGGAUGCCACUAUGAACGCUGACAUUAAGCCACUCAAGAGUUUUCUAUGAAUAAGUGUAAGUAAAUGCUUUGAUAUAUAUAAACCUAAAUAAAAGAUUGUAUUGAGACAGAGACAUUGGCAAAGGAAGUUUUAAGGCAGUUCUUUAGGUGUAAAAGGCUUGCUGUAAAAUGGUGCGUUAUUCCACUUAUUAAAGAUCAUAUUAAUGACAACA